ACGCUGACCAAGAUGGUGUUUAACGUAAACAAAACAACCCAGCAUGGAGGAAGAGGACAUUGUCAGCUUUAAGGACCUUGGUGUCAUCGAUGAACUGUGUGAAGCAUGCUCUCGACUGGGAUGGAAGGCACCAACACCCAUCCAGAAAGAAGCAAUUCCAUUGGCAUUGAAAGAUAAAGAUGUCAUUGGCCUGGCAGAAACUGGCUCUGGGAAAACAGGAGCCUUUGGUAUCCCUGUACUUCAGGCCCUAAUAGCUCGACCACAACGACUCUUUGCUCUCAUUCUGACGCCAACUCGAGAAUUGGCGUUCCAGAUUAAGGAGCAGUUUGAGGCUCUGGGUAAAGCAGUGGGUGUAACAUGUGUAGUUAUUGUGGGAGGGUUGGACAUGACUCAGCAGGCAUUGGAGCUCGGAAAGCGGCCCCACAUAAUUGUGUCAACACCCGGCCGUCUUGUGGACCACCUCGAAAAAACAAAGGGUUUUAACCUUAAAGCCCUGAAGUACCUGAUAAUGGAUGAAGCAGAUCGCAUUCUUAACAUGGAUUUUGAAGAGGAGGUUGACAAGAUACUGAAGGUCUUGCCUCGUGAGAGGCGCACAAUGCUCUUCUCUGCCACCAUGACCAGUAAGGUUAACAAACUACAGCGAGCACAUUUGAAAGAUCCUGUGAAAGUGGAGGUGUCAUCCAAAUACCAGACAGUAACCAAGCUGCAGCAGUAUAUGCUUUUCAUUCCAUGCAAACAUAAACACAUAUACCUGGCGUACAUCUUGAAUGAGAUUGGAAACCAGUCUGUUAUCAUCUUCUGUGCGACUCAGCUAUCAACCCUCAAAACUGCACUAAUGCUGCGAAACCUGGGAUUCACUGCUAUUCCGCUAUAUGGGAAAAUGUCCCAAAACAAACGGCUUGGAGCACUAAAUAAGUUCAAAGCAAAAGAAAGAUCUAUUCUUCUAGCAACAGAUGUGGCCUCAAGAGGUUUGGACAUUCCUUGUGUGGACUACGUGAUAAAUUUUGAUGUUCCGAUGCACAGCAAGGAUUACAUUCACCGCGUUGGUAGAACUGCUCGUGCCGGCAAGUCUGGCGUUGCCAUCACCUUUGUGUCACAGUAUGAAGUGGAAGUGUAUCAGAGAAUAGAACAGCUCCUUGACACAAAGCUUGAUGUGUAUCCAACAGUUAAAGAAGAGGCUCUGGUCUUAGAGGAAAGAAUAGUGGAAGCAGAGAGAUUUGCCAAACUGGAGAUGUCUCGGCUGGACGAGAAAGGUGGAAGGAAAGGCAAGAAGCGGGACGCCUUUGGCGACGACACUGAAGAAAGCAUGGGUGUUCGGAACCGGAUGAACAAAAGGAAAAAUUUUAAAAAGUAAACACUUAUUAAGUUGUGUACUGUACAUGUAAUGCAGAAUGUUUAAAACUUGAAGGGUGCUGUGGAUUUCAUUUCCUGUGUUGUUAAUGAAAUGGUGCCAGUUUUUUUUCGACUUGUGUAUUUCAGUAUACAGUACUGUACUAUAAAGUGUUACCUGCAAAUUAAAAUGUUAAAUAAAAUACUUUCAUCUAAUGUUAAUGUUAUAUUAAAACUGUAAAGAUAAAA